AUGCCUGGAUGCUGCUGUGCACCGGGGUGCAACUCUAACUAUGCUCAUGGACCUAAAGCGCGCGUCUAUCGGUUUCCAAUGGACGCCGACCAAAGAACCGCACGGACGCGAGCGAUCCCUCGCAAGGAUUUUGCGCCCUCAAAGUACACUGUGGUGUGUGAGAAGCACUUUCAUACAAGUGAUUUUGUGACCACGUCGACCUAUCAAGAUGUGACAACCGGACGAGUACUUGAAGUUCCUCUCCAGCUGAGGCGAUUCAAGCCUGGUGCUAUCCCGAGCCUAUUUCCAAACUGCCCUUCGUAUCUUUCUCGUCCUACUACUGUUGUCCGGGAAGGUCCUGAAGAGAAGCGGCUUCGUCUAGAGGGAGAAUCGCUACAGAAGGCAAUAAGGCAGUCCGCUGAAGCUCACAAAGAAGAGAAUAAAAAGAAUACCAUCAGUACUUUUGAAGACUUGCUCACCGCUCUGAUAAGUUCUCAGACAAACACCUUCUGGACAAAACUUGUUACUCACGACAAAGUCCUCUUCCUAAACUUCGAUUCUCAAGAAGCUCCAACUGUGCGUUUUUCUGUGACAGUGUCAGCUGAUUUGAUUGUGAAAGUGUUCGUUGGUGACGUGCAGCUUAACAAGUUUGGGACCCUCGUGCUUCUUGUUUAUUUGUGUGAUCUGCGAGAAAUCGACAAGGUCCUUAUUGCUGUGCAAAGUUUGGCAGGAUACUUCUCCGACAGCGAAGAACGCUUGCAGAUUGUCAUGAAGAAUACAGUGAAAACACUGAAUGAACUAGCGUCACAAAGUUUCCCACAUGAGUGGCAAGUGGAAGUUGUCAAGUUCGAAAAACAGCAAGUCGGCAUUUUACUGAGCAGAACUUCGAGAUACCCUGUGGAGUUGCUGGUAUUUGCUAGCCUUGUGUUCACAAUAUCUCCACAUGCGUACAGAUUUAUUAGGUCCACAUCAAAGUUGAAACUUCCACAUCCCGACACAAUUAGACGUGCUUGUGGGUCAUACCGUGUGAACCCGUGCUCUGAGCAACAAGAUGCUUUAUUUCUGUCGUAUGCAAAGAGGCAGGCCGGGAUGGAUGACCCCGAAAAAACUGUGACGCUUGUCAUGAACGAAAUUCAUCUGCAGCCCUACAUUGACUACAAAGGUGGUGGUCUAGUAGGAAUGGCUACAAACAAACAAAACGCAGCAAAAACUGCAUAUGUGUUUAUGAUUCAAAGCCUCCUGUCGUCAAGCAAAGACGUAGUGCACAUCCUUCCAGUGGCGAAAAUAGAUGCAAUACAGCUGCAUCAAUUUCUUCGUGAGCUCAUUAAUGGGCUGAAGGCAACAGGCUUUCGAGUAAUCACGGUAUUUUCAGACAACAACUCCAUCAAUGGGAAGGCAAUGUCAUUUUUUUCAGAGCCACGUAAGAUUGAUACGGUCUACAAGCAUCCAUCAGACCAAUCAAGACCACUGUUUUUUAUUUUAGAUUAUGUUCAUGUUUUAAAACGCAUGCGAAACAAUUGGCUUAACCAGCGUAACAGUGGUAAAUGUAUUUUUCCAGACAUCAAUGGACUACCUGACAAGCCGUGCGUGCUAACAGCUUCGUUCAACACGCUGCUAGAGCUCCAUGAGAGAGAAAGAAACGAGCUUGUACGACUUGUUCCAACAUUGUCUUUGAAGGCACUGAAACCUUCGAACUUAGAGCGACAAAACAUGAAACUUGUUCUCAAGGUGUUCAACAGUUUCACAAUCGCAGCUCUGAAGAGCGCACAAGCAGCAGAACUGCAGCAUGCCAAAAGCACGGCCAAUUAUAUCAGCACUGUCAUAAUGUGGUGGCACAUAAUGAAUGUUAAGACGCCGGAUAAAGGGAGGCACCUUCGAGAUGACCUACAAGAGCCCAUAAAGGCAGUUUGUUACCCCCAAGUUAAGUUUUUCAACAAAAUAGUCAGUUGGCACGACUACUGGAAAAGCCUCAAGCAUGACGCUGGUCAUUUCAGUCAUGAGACGCACAAUGCAUUGCGUCACACGUCUCUUGCUCUUGUUCAGGUGACAAGCUACUGCCUUGAAAAGCUUGAAUUCAG